ACAGAGCAUCAUUAUCCACUAUGACUUUCUUCAAGAAUCAGGAAUUCUCGCGAUUUCACUAAUCUUCUCCAUUUAAGCCCUAUAAAAGCCUCUCAAACCCAGCUACAUUCAUCGUAGCGAUCUAAACAAACGAAUUUUGAAAACCGCAUAUUCAAAACUCUUAUUUCUAAAUCUCCAAAAACAUGGAUACGAGGAGCCUAGGUUUCAACUCUCCCUUCUUCUCACUCCUUGAAGACCUGCUAGAUUUGCCUGAAGAUCAGCCUGAAAAGUCGAGAAACAACCCAUCUCGAGCCUACGUUCGCGAUGCAAAGGCCAUGGCAGCAACACCAGCAGAUGUGGUAGAGUAUCCAAACUCCUAUGUAUUCGUUGUUGACAUGCCGGGUAUCAAGGCAAAUGAAAUCAAGGUGCAGGUGGAGGGCGAAAACGUGCUCGUGGUAAGUGGAGAAAGAAAGCGUGACAAAGAGAAAGAUAACAAAGAAGGUGUAAAAUAUGUGAGGAUGGAGAGGAGGGUUGGCAAAUUUAUGAGGAAGUUUGCGCUGCCUGAGAAUGCUAAUAUGGAUGCGAUAUCCGCGGUGGCUCAGGACGGCGUUUUGACUAUUACUGUGGAGAAAUUGCCACCUCCAGAACCAAAGAAACCGAAGACCAUUGAGGUUCAAGUUGCGUGAGAAAUCGGCUAGCUGGGGUUGUGUUUUGAUACGAGUGUUUGAAAAUUGAUCAUGUUGAAACAUGUUGGCUUAUGACAUUGGGUGGCGUUGUGUUAUGUGUAAGUCUGUUGUGUGUUCAGGUUGAGUUUUCUGUGAAACACUAGUGUUUUAUGUUCAUGAAUAACUCCUUUUGUGCUUUUUCUUUAAUUACCCCGUCCAUACUUUCAAUCAAUGUUCUGAAAAUCGGACCGGACAAUGACCCGUUAAAGGGUCCGAUUUUCAGUUUGACCGGUUUGACCGGUUGGAUCGGUCGGUUGGACCGUAAUUUAUAAAAUUAC